GAAACCGUCACUCUGGGUGUUGGAGAGCAGGUGGAGACAUCCCUUUAGGGCGUCUUCCGAGGUGGGGGAUGGACCUGUCGUUUCCCGUUGAUUGGGCCGAGGGGGCGGGGGCUUUGGCGUAGACCUCACGCCCCUCCCACCUCCCAAAUUCGACUUUCUCAGGACUCUGCCCACUCCCACGAGACACGUUGAGGAAGAGGAAGGUAUGGCCUCCGGGCUUCCGACGGCCUGGUUCCGUGUGAGUAGAGGCUUCUCCGAACCAGUGAUCUUUGAAGAUGUGACCCUGGGUUUUACCCCGGAUGAGUGGGGAAUGCUGGACCUUGAACAGAAGUCCCUGUACAGGGAGGUGAUGCUGGAGAACUACAGGAACCUGGUCUCAGUGGAACAUCAGCUUUCCAAGCCAGAUGUGGUAUCUCAGUUAGAGGAGGAGGAAGAGCUCUGGUCGGUGGAGAGAGGAGUUCCUCAAGACACCUUUUCAGAGUGUCCUGAGGCUCAGUUGGACCCUCAAUUUGAUCCUUUUCCUGCUGGGAAUCCCCUGAUGAAGAUCGAGGUUGUUGAAGUCCUCACACUGAACCAGGAGGUGGCUCUUCCCCGAAAUGCACAGAUCCGGGCCCUCUAUGCUGAAGAUGAGGGCCUGAGCCCAGACAUCCUCAGGGAGCCCACGCAACAUCUGGAUAAGCUUCCAACUGACCCUGAGACCGCUCGCCAGAGGUUCCGGGGGUUCCGCUUUGAGGAGGUUGCAGGGCCCCGAGAAGCCCUGGCCCAGCUGCGUGAGCUGUGCCGGCAGUGGCUGCAGCCCGAGGCACACUCCAGGGAGCAGAUGCUGGAGCUGCUGGUGCUGGAGCAGUUCCUGGGCGCGCUGCCCGGGCAGCUCCGGACAUGGGUGGAGUCUCAGCACCCGGUGGACUGCCAGGAGGCAGUAGCCCUGGUGGAGGAUGUGACCUGGAUCUCUGAGGAGGAAGCACUGCCCACCCAGGGCCCCACCAGCUCUCUCCAGACCGCAGCUCAGCAGCAGGAGGACAUGGCCACCAGGCCGGCCAAGGCACUGCCUGAGGAACCGGUGACCUUCCUGGAUGUGGCUGUGGACUUCAGCAGGGAGGAGUGGGGGCUGCUGGACCCAACACAGAGGACUGAGUACCACGAUGUGAUGCUGGAGACCUUUGGACACCUGGUCUCUGUGGGGUGGGAGACUACCCUGGAAAGUAAACAGUUAACUCCAAAGCCCAGUGUUCCCGAGGAAGAAGCAGCCUGCCACCUGAAAGUGGAGGAAUUCUCAAGGGAUGACGCCCAGCCCUCUACCUCAGGUGACACCUUGCAGGCUGGGGCUCUGGAAGUCAUGGACACAGCAUUGAAACCAGUGCCACUCACUCAGGAAAAUACCCUCCCUCAGAAGCUGCCCGGUGAAAGCUCCAAACCCCAGGCAAGCACAGGUUCCAGCACAAGCCACAUCUCCCUUCAGAAGAGUAUUCCUAGAAGACGCUUGCGCAAGCGUGACCUCAGGGUCAAAAAGGUGACACACAACCCCUGUGCAAAACCUCAUCAGAAGAGCUGCAGCGGGGGAAAGGCCCAGGAGAAUGGUGGCUGUGGAAGGACUGCCCCCUGGAGCGCUCAGCAGAUCACAUUCACGCGAAUUCACAAAGGGAGUCAGGUGUGCCGCUGCAGCGAAUGCGGGAAAACGUUCCGGAACCCCAGGUACUUCUCCGUGCAUAAAAAGAUCCACACGGGAGAGAAGCCCUACGUGUGUCGGGACUGCGGGAAAGCAUUCGUUCAGAGCUCCUCCCUCACGCAGCAUCAGAGGGUUCACACUGGAGAGAGACCCUUUGAGUGUCACGAGUGUGGGAGGACUUUCAACGACCGCUCGGCCAUCUCCCAGCACCUGCGAACUCACACUGGGGCCAAGCCCUACCCGUGUCAGGACUGCGGAAAAGCCUUCCGCCAGAGCUCCCAUCUCAUCAGGCAUCAGAGGACUCACACUGGCGAGCGCCCCUACACCUGUGACAAGUGCGGAAAGGCCUUCACCCAGAGCUCCCACCUGAUAGGGCAUCAGAAAACGCACAGCGGGACUGGAAAGAAGCCCUAUGCAUGUAAUCAGUGUGCAAAAUCUUUCAGCUGUUGCUCUAAGCUUGUUGUACACCAGAGAACACACACUGGAGAAAAGCCCUAUGAAUGUACUCAGUGUGGGAAGUCUUUCAGCCAGAGCUACGACCUUGUUGUACACCAAAGAAUUCACACUGGAGAAAAGCCCUAUGAAUGUAACCAGUGUGGGAAAUCCUUCACCCAGAGUUCCAAACUUAUUAGGCAUCAACGAACUCACACUGGAGAAAAACCAUAUAAAUGUCACGAAUGUGAAAAAUCUUUCAGGUGGAACUCUAACCUUAUUGUACAUCAAAGAAUUCAUACUGGAGAGAAACCUUAUGAGUGUGCUCAUUGUGGAAAGUCCUUCAGUCAAAGCUCUGACUUUGUCGCACAUGAAAGGACUCACACUGGAGAGAGACCCUAUGAAUGUAACCAGUGUGGAAAAUCCUUCAUUCGAAGCACUCAGCUUGUUAGGCAUCUGCGGAUUCAUACUGGAGAGAAGCCGUAUAAAUGCAGUCAGUGUGACAAAGCCUUCACUGGGAGCUCUCACCUUAUUGAACAUCAGAGAACUCACACUGGAGAGAAACCGUUUGAAUGUAGUCAGUGUGGGAAAGGCUUCACUGGGAGCUCUUAUCUUCAUUCACAUCAGAGAAUUCAUUCUGGAGAGAAACCCUAUGAGUGUAACAACUGUGGGAAAGCUUUUCGGCAGCGAUCUCAGCUUGUCGUGCAUCAGCGAACACAUACUGGGGAGAAACCUUAUGAAUGCAGUCACUGUGGAAAAGCUUUCAGCCAGCGGUCUCCCUUCAUUGUGCAUCAGAGAACACACAUUGGAGAGAAGCCCUAUCAGUGUAACAUGUGUGUUAAAGCCUUCAGUCAGAGGUCACGCCUUAUUGAACAUCAGAGAACACAUACUGGAGAAAAGCCCUAUGAAUGCACUGACUGUGGAAAAGCCUUCAAUGAUCGAUCAACCCUUACAAAACAUAAGAGGACACACACUGGGGAAAAACCCUAUGAAUGUAAUUAUUGUGAAAAGGCCUUUAGCCAGCGGUGUCAACUUACUAGACAUCUGAGAAUCCAUACUGGAGAGAAACCUUAUGAGUGUGGUCAUUGUGGAAAGCCCUUCAGUCAAAGCUCUGACUUUGUCGCACAUGAAAGGACUCACACUGGAGAGAGACCCUAUGAAUGUAACCAGUGUGGAAAAUCCUUCAUUCGAAGCACUCAGCUUGUUAGGCAUCUGCGGAUUCAUACUGGAGAGAAGCCGUAUAAAUGCAGUCAGUGUGACAAAGCCUUCAAUGAGAGCUCUCACCUUAUUGAACAUCAGAGAACUCACACUGGAGAGAAACCGUUUGAAUGUAGUCAGUGUGGGGAAGGCUUCACUGGAAGCUCUCACCUUCUUUCUCAUCAGAGAAUUCAUUCUGGAGAGAAACCCUAUGAGUGUAACAACUGUGGGAAAGCUUUGCGGCAGCGAUCUCAGCUUGUCGUGCAUCAGCGAACGCAUACUGGAGAGAAACCUUAUGAAUGCAGUCACUGUGGAAAAGCUUUAAGCCAGCGGUCUCCCUUCAUUGUGCAUCAGAGAACACACAUUGGAGAGAAGCCCUAUCAGUGUAACAUGUGUGUUAAAGCCUUCAGUCAGAGGUCACGCCUUAUUGAACAUCAGAGAACACAUACUGGAGAAAAGCCCUAUGAAUGCACUGACUGUGGAAAAGCCUUCAAUGAUCGAUCAACCCUUACAAAACAUAAGAGGACACACACUGGGGAAAAACCCUAUGAAUGUAAUUAUUGUGAAAAGGCCUUUAGCCAGCGGUGUCAACUUACUAGACAUCUGAGAAUCCAUACUGGAGAGAAACCUUAUGAGUGUGCUCAUUGUGGAAAGUCCUUCAGUCAAAGCUCUGACUUUGUCGCACAUGAAAGGACUCACACUGGAGAGAGACCCUAUGAAUGUAACCAGUGUGGAAAAUCCUUCAUUCGAAGCACUCAGCUUGUUAGGCAUCUGCGGAUUCAUACUGGAGAGAAGCCGUAUAAAUGCAGUCAGUGUGACAAAGCCUUCAAUGAGAGCUCUCACCUUAUUGAACAUCAGAGAACUCACACUGGAGAGAAACCGUUUGAAUGUAGUCAGUGUGGGAAAGGCUUCACUGGAAGUUCUUACCUUCUUUCACAUCAGAGAAUUCAUUCUGGAGAGAAACCCUAUGAGUGUAACAACUGUGGGAAAGCUUUUCGGCAGCGAUCUCAGCUUGUCGUGCAUCAGCGAACACAUACUGGGGAGAAACCUUAUGAAUGCAGUCACUGUGGAAAAGCUUUCAGCCAGCGGUCUCCCUUCAUUGUGCAUCAGAGAACACACAUUGGAGAGAAGCCCUAUCAGUGUAACAUGUGUGUUAAAGCCUUCAGUCAGAGGUCACGCCUUAUUGAACAUCAGAGAACACAUACUGGAGAAAAGCCCUAUGAAUGCACUGACUGUGGAAAAGCCUUCAAUGAUCGAUCAACCCUUACAAAACAUAAGAGGACACACACUGGGGAAAAACCCUAUGAAUGUAAUUAUUGUGAAAAGGCCUUUAGCCAGCGGUGUCAACUUACUAGGCAUCAGAGAAUCCAUACUGGAGAGAAACCCUAUGAAUGUAAUGAGUGUGGGAAAGCUUUCACUUUUAGUACAUCCCUUAUUCAACAUGAGAAAACCCAUAGGAGAGAAACCCUGUGAAUAAUCAAGAUGGAAAAGCUUACUGCCAAACUUUCUUUACUAGACAUCAGAUGACCAAGGUAUGACACUUAGAGUGUGGUCUAAUGACUGCAUGCAUCAGAGUUGCUUGGAGUGUGUGUGUUGAAACUGCACAUUACCAAGCUUACCCUCAUCUUACUAAAUCAGAAUCUCUAGCAGUAAAGCCCAGUAGGCUGCAGUUUCCAAAAGCAGCACAGGUGAUUUGUAUGUAUACUAAAAUAGUCUGCAUUUAGGUGAGAUGCUUUGAAUAUGACCACUGAUGAAAAACAUUCAGUCAGAGCUCCCAACAGGAGUUAGAAAACUCAGAAUGGAUCUGUACCCACCAGAUAAUCUUUUUAGUGCAAACAGCCACCCAGACUCAAUCAGACGUUGUCUCUGUAACACAUUCCUGCAAGUGAUGGGGAACUGAAAGAUAUUCUUGACUAGAGCCCCAAACAUUCAACCUAAGAAGAAACCAUUGCAUGAGGAAGUUGGUGUUUAGAGAUGAAAUUUGAAGUCAGCCAUGUUUGAUAUAAACCAGCAAUUAAAAACGCAAAUUGGGGAAUUCCCUGGCAGUCUAGUGGUUAGGACUUGGUGCUUUCACUGCUGGGGCCCAGAUUUGAUCCCUAGUUAGGGAACUAAGAUCCUGCAAAGUGCAUGGUGCAGCAAGGAAAAAAAGAAAGGAAGGAAGGAAGAAAACACAAACUGAAGGAGGACUAAUGAUGGGACGUCUUCUAAAAUGAUUUUUAUUGAAAUUAAAAGUAGACUGAAUUUUCCAGGGGCUUCUGUCGUGCUCUAAAUUAACUUUGUUGCUCAGUUCAGUUGACUGUAAUCAAAAGAUGUCAAGUGAAGUGAAAACAGGACCCAAAAUAGUAUAUUCACAAAAUGUAACAACAUAUAAAAGCAUGUGCACAGAUAGUUGGUUAAGAAGGUCAGCUCGGCAGCGUGUUCAAAGAAAGGCUGAAGUGUAAACAAUGGUGAAGCAAUGGGAGAGGCCAUUACUGCAGGUUUGAGCAAGGUGAAAGCAGGUGAAAGAACAUCACCUGGAGGUGCAGAGUGGGAAAGAAGGAAGCCAGGAACUUGUAAAGAGGGGGUUGCAGCAGUGGAGGUCACAGCCCCAGUAGAGCUGUAGAUUGAUGAGUGGGACAGGAAAGUAGGGUUCAUUGAAGGUCUGUACAUGAAACUCCUACUUUGUUCCCCCUUCUCUUGCAUUAAGUAUCUGGCUCUGGGUAAGCAAAAAAUAUAGUAGAAAAUGAGUUAUGUGCUAAAAAAGAAGUCUGAGGGACUAGGGAAUCUGGUGUAUUAUGCACCAGAACAUGGGCUGCUUUAUUUUGGCAUUUCAGGGACCUUGAUCCUAACAGCUGGUUUCUACGCUUUUCAUCCCAAAGCAAAGUGUGCCAUGAAACCAGCAACACCCAUCUGUGGAGUUCCCUGUGCUUUCUGAGAGCUUCUUCAGUAUGGACAAGAGCCCAGGAGUGAAAGAUGGAGAAAGCCCACAACAUGAAAGAAAAAGUAUCUAAGAUAAAACAGAAAAAACAAUGCCAAAAAGAACAGAUGUUCAGGGGAACCAAAUAUUUUAAAUGUUUUAUUCUAGGAGUGAGUCAAGAAAUAAUUGCAGGGACUUUCUAGGUGGCGCAGUGGUUAAGACCCCACCUGCCAAUGCAGGGGACACAGCUUCAAUCCCUGCUCCAGGAAGAUCCCACAUGCCAAGGAGCAAUUGAGCCUGUGCUCUAGAGCCUGUGAGCCACAACUGUUGAGCCUGUGUGCUGCAACUACUGAAGUCCAUGCGCCUAGAGCCCGUGUUCCACAACAAGAGAGGCCACUGCAAUGAGGAGCCUGGGCACCGCAAUGAAGAGCAGCCCCUGCUCACUGCAACUAGAGAAAGCCCAUGUGCAGCGAUGAAGACCCAAUGCAGCCAAUUAAUUAAUUAAUUAAAAAAUAGUUGCAAAUGAAAAACAAACCCAAGAUGCUCUUUUGAAAAGAGUUAUGAGAAUGAGAAUAGACUUUAUGAUGUUAAGACUGUUGGGCCAAAAAGACAAGAAAAGACCAAAAGACAGAAAAGAAAGAGGGAAACUUCUCCAGAGCUGAAAGCUCUUCAGAUCAUGGAUAGAUCCACCCAGCAUGAGAAAUUGAGAAGACAAUUAAGACAUCACAGAAGCUUCUGGAAAGAAUUUUAAAACAAAGGAAUAUUUUUUAAGGAAAAGGAAUAUUUCUUCUAAUUAAAAAAAAAAGUUAAUCAGACUUCAAAGUAAACACAUUGAGGAAAAUGUACAGAUCGUACAAGACAAUUGUAGUCCAAAUGUGACGCAAACUUUAGAAAGGAGUAUUCAUUUGACCCUGAUGUUAAUAAUUUUUCCUGGAAGAGGCAAAGGACUCAGGAAGUUGGAAAAACAGAGGGGGAAAUAUAAUCCUAUUGUUUUGAUUGGCCCUUCAUUGAACAGAGUUUGCGUAGCUGUGAUAUAAGCAGUAGAUACUGUUUUGUUUUAAUUUUAGGAAGAAACCUAGAGCUAUGACAUAAGGCAUUUCUUAGUGGCAACAGAGCGAUGCACCAUUGUUCCCAGUCUUGCCACCAAUAGUAAUGGCACAGGCUGUGGCUGUUGCAAAGUAGAAGGGGGAAGCGAAGUAGAAUGGAGGGAGAGUCUCCCAUAUCCUCAUCUUUGGAAGCAGGCUUUUAACUGUAAUACAUUGGGUUACUUAGGAGACCAGAAUUUGAGCUCAAAAUGGUAAUGUGACAGAAGUUGGAAGCAAAUAGAGGAGCAGUGAUAUGAGUCAAAUCAAAAUUCCUUAGAGCAGGAAACCAGUAAAGUCUAUAGACCAUGAGAGAGCAGAAUUACAGAGGUAGUCUCAGGAAGAGUCAGGAGAGAAAUGGCUGAGAGUGGUUGAUAGGAUCUGUGGAUGUUGGAUAAGCUGGGGCAGGAGACGACUGCUUUCCAUUUUAAACUCUCCGUAGUGUUUCAUUCCCUGGUGGCACACUUCUUAUUUGGGUAACAAAUUUCAAAUGUGUUCCUAUAGG